AUGACUUCGAAUGCUGCUCUUGAGGGAACCGUUGGGAUGUCUUGUAAGUUGUUGGUAGAGUUCAUAUGCAUAUUGAUUUUAAAUAUUUUGAUCUCUGCUUCGACUGGACAGUCUUUCAACUCCUUUGCACCAAAGCGAGCACAAAAUAUCAAAGGAGACUUCAUCAUCGGCGGCUUAUUUCCAGUGUUCUUGAGCGAGAAAAACACAACAAAAUGCUACGAUAACAACAGACGUUUUCAACAGUUUAAAUCCCUACGCGGACACAAGUUAAAUUGUUACAGGAUGAACGUGUUCGGCCUGAUGUGGGUGGAAGCGAUGCUAUUCGCAAUUGAAGAAAUAAAUAACAGUACAAUAAUACUCCCGAAUAUAACGCUUGGUUACGAUAUAAGGGACACUGGAAACGAGGUUCAAUUCGGCAUGGAAGCUGCCCUGGAUUUUUCUUCCGGAUUUGAAAAGCCCAACAAAGGAUCCCAUUCAAACAGAACACAGUGCUAUAAUUCGUCAGUCGUCGCUGUAAUUGGUGGAGCGGGCUCGAAAAUAUCAAAGGCUGCGGGUUAUAUCCUGGGUGUAUCUUCGAUUCCACAGAUAAGUUAUUCAUCAACAAGUCCCUCCCUUAGCAUCAAGUCGAAUUUUCCCUCGUUUUUAAGGACCAUCCCACCGGACUAUGUGCAAGCACAGGUUAUGGCCGAUUUAGUGACGUUUUACAACUGGAGUUAUGUGUCAACUAUUGCUACCGACGAAGAUUACGGAAGGCUAGGGAUCGAGGCAUUUAAAAGAGAAUUAAAGCCGAGAAAUAUUUGCAUAUCUGUUGAUGAGCUUUUUCACCCAGACUACACGCUGUCGGAGACGAAAGCACAAAUCGCGCGCAUAGUCAGCGCGCUCAAGGAAGACAAGCGUGCAAAGGUCGUUGUCUUGUUCUGCGAAAUACCAAACGCGUUAGCCUUCUUAGAAGAAGCGGAGAGACAAAACCUAGCUGGAAAAAUAUGGAUUGGAACAGACUCGUGGGGAGAUAAGGAAUCAAUUCUAUCGUUUAAAGACUCAACGGUGAGUGGGAUGUUGGCUGUUGUGCCGACCAAAGGAAACAUUGAAAAAUUUGAAAAGCACAUGGAAACACUGACACCCUUAACAUCUAAGCAUAAUCCUUGGUUUGGGGAUUUUUGGCAGGGGACGUAUGGAUGUGAACAAGAGAAAAGCAAACAUCGCUGUAAAGAGAAUCCCUCUAUCAAAAACCUCACGGAAUUGAACCAACAGAAUUAUACGUUGGAUGACGUCAUCUGUCAUGGUUUCUCAGGUGAUGGGCUUCCAAACGCAGCUAGUUUGCAGAUGAGUAAGGCUGCAAACGUUAUGGAUGCAGUUUAUACUGUAGCCUUAGCACUCAACGACAUCAUAAAGUGUAGAAAAGGAAGAGGCCUUUUGCCAAAUGACGAAUGUCCAAAAGUGAUGAAAAACCAGAAAAACGGUGUCGACCCUUUAGAUGUUUUAACAUAUAUCAAGAACUUAUCGUUCACCGGUAAACUUGGUUUUCCAAUCAUUUUCGACAAGUAUGGAGACAUCAAAGGUUUGAAAGAUAAAUUAUUUCAUUUAUUUACAUAUAUUGUUAACCCUUAAAUCCCAAGAGUGACCAACAUCAACUUUCUCUUAACAAUAUCUAUACAUAAUUUAAAAAAAAGUUUAUGAGAAUAAAUUAAAUGAUCACCUCAGGCAAAAAACCUUGAUCUUUGAACAAACUCCCUCAACUAAUUCUGUAAGGAAAUGUUUGGAGAAUUUGUAUGUGGAUACUGGGGUUUAAAGAGUUAAAAGUGUUCACAUAUAGGAUAUUUUUACUGCUUUUGCAUCAAAAAUUCUCAUUUUUACCCUGAAAUCAUUAAACUGAUAAGAACAUACAAAGAACCGUGAUAAUGUUUAAAAUUGCGUCUACACAUUAUACAGUGCAACCUCGAUAUAACGAAGGGCAAAGGGACUGGCAAAAUGUGUUCCCUAUAACGAGGUUUAGUUAUAUUGAGGUUCUUUAUCAUAUAUUUUACUAUUGCUGAGGUAACUCGUUCGUUUUACCGAGAACUUCGUUAUGUUAGAGGUUCGUUAUAUCAAGGUUCCACUGUACUCAGUCUUCAAAAACUAAUUAUCUACCAAACUUGGUUUCACUGGGUGCACAGUUUCUAAAAGCAAGGCGUUAUUACCGCAAUAUUUUACAUGUCAAGCAAGUCAAGAAGUUACAAACUUUAUUUUCUUUUAAAACAAACGUCACCUUUCAGUGGUAAAUUCUUUAAACACCAGACAGCUGAACAAAUCCGAUUGUUAUUCACAUUUUUGUGUUUAUUAAUUAGCAUUUUAAAUUUUAUUCAGAAUUACAGUUCUGUAUCAAUGUUGCGAAUACAAGACUUCCGUUUUCGUAAUAAAUUAGCGUUUACUGAUAAUUCAAACAUGUUUUCAUACAAAAUUUACUUUUAACGAUUUUAGCUGGUUCAUUCAAAAAUAAAAGAAAAGUAAUGAUUUGUUCUCGAUCUUCAAUCACCUUGACUUUACAUUAAACUUUCAAGGUCAUUUUGAUGAAAAAAGUCCCCACAGGAGAUUAUGUCAGGAUGAAAUACAAUACGGGUGACAAUCACCUGUCAACUUGCGGGUUGCCAUCUUAAUUCACAAUAUGCAAUCUUCUAAUAUUGAAUUUACGAUAGCAGGUAAUUCUGCAGUAGAACUGUUGUUGCGUUGCACCAGUCUAGCCUGAAUUUCAUCCGAUUACUUCGAGUCGUUAUUACUCCCUCAGUAACGUCUGAAUCGACCGGCCGUUAAUGCCGUCCAGUGACGUCACUACUCCUUGCUUCAAUUCAUGCAAAAAGUUAAACACGAUUUUCAAGUGGCAAACCAAGAAAUGUCAUUUGGAAAUGUCUGCAUCAUACAGAAUGGCUCUACUUUUUUAGAUCGUAAUUCAUGUUUAACGUUCAAACUACCAACUGCAUGCAGUAGUCUGAACCGGUUGUAAUUCCAUAAUCAAAUUCGGUCGCAAUCACGCAAUGAAAUAAAUACACACACGGAACACUUAGUUCAAAAAACACAACGAUUUGCUUUAAUUGAAAAGAAGCUAUUUGGUCCUUAACGAAGAAAAAAGAAAACAAGGAAGCAAGAAAGAAAAGCUAACAGAAUAAUUGCACCAGACGGUGAAAAUACCUAGAAGGUCGAAUUACAACAUUGGUCUCGGAAACUUCGCAUAUAAACACAAUCACUGCCGAAACCACAAAGCGGCUCUAAAUGAAAAACCUACCGACUCUAAGCAAUGAUUCUUCAUUCGCAGUUCAAUUUAGCAUUUCAGUUUUGAAGACGAGGGCAAUUUUGCUGUUUACAAUAAAGAUUAUCGAAAUGUUUGAACUCCACGCAAGCAAGGAAUGCAUAAUUAUGCAUAAUUGUGCGAAUGUUUAGACAAUCAACCAAUCAAAAUCACUACCCGGUUUUCGGGUACUGAUGACGUCACUGGACGGCAUUUCAGACGUUGCUGAGAGGAGAAAACGACUCGAAGCAAUCGGAUGAAAUUCAGGCUAGCACCAGUCAAGUUUGGGCUUUUUAUAUUAAUUGAAAACUUUUCUCCACCAUCUAGCCGAUUUGCCAAGAGCAACGGUGGAUGGUUGUGGGUUAGAUUCCCAGCGUAGUAAAAUAUUUCUUCGUCUCUCAUGGUUCCCCAGUUCCCUUUGCUGAGGGCUGAACCUUCCCAGCAAGGGAGGUGAGGGGAGAAAUCACAUAUGAAAGCGAUGGGGAUGCUCUUCGUCGUCCUUGGGGGUAGAAAUUGCAGAUUUUGUUGUUUAGGACGGAAACCUAUAUAUCCACCACUGUUUACCUCCCCUUCAGGUGAUAAUUUUAUAUUAGGGAGCUUAAGCAACGACGACGGAGACGGCAACGAGAACGGCAAAAACACAAUAGGUUUAGAUUAGCAAAACAACAAUUUUGCACGUGCAUCACGCUUUUUUGUACAUUUCUUUGCCGUCACUGCACAACUACGACGUUAAACCUCCUAAUUUUACGUUUUAUGAAGGACGUGACCACAAGACAACGAUAUUCGUUUUCUUUUUGUGAACUUAGAGACAGUCUUUUAGAAUUCAACUUCUAAAAAAUCGCCAACAAUUGACAAAUUACAGGAGUUGGAAUAAGAGCGAUGAAGAUUGAAACAACACGAAUUCACGUUUUGGUUGACGUUUUUGCUGGCGUUGCCGUCGUCGUUGCUUAAGCUCCCCAUUAUUCAGGGCAAAAACAUCAAUAGACCUUUUUACCGAUACGGCGGCCAUAUUGAAUUAAUCCGACUUAAGGAGUAGUAUAGGAUACCCAGGGCGCUUGAGCGUUUGUAUUUUCGAGCGCUUUUCGGGACAUUUUUUCUUAAAGUUUUCUUAGAAUAAGAUUGCAAUGGGAAAAAAGAUCCUUGUGCCGUGUUUGGAUGUAAUAAUGAUCGCCUUUUUCUAGUUUAGUAUUAGAAAUAUGGAUUUUCACUGUAUUUUUCUCGGGAAAAAGGCGAUCACUAUUACAUCAAAACACGGCACGAGGAUCAUUUUGCCCAUUACAAUCUUAUUCUAAGAAAACUUUAAGAAAAAAUGUCCCGAAAAGCGCUCGAAAAUACAAACGAAAUGUGCUCACGCCCCCUAAGCAUCCUAUAAUACUCCUUAAAUCGAAUUGAUUCAAUAUGGCCGCCGUAUCAGUAAAAAGGUCUAUUGCCCAUCGAUGUUUGACGGAAUUGUUUUUGAUACUUGCUAUAGGUAACUACUUAGUAAAAAGCUUACAGCCUGACCCUGAUCACAUGCAUGGCAAGAAAUUCAUUACGUUAGGGACCUGGAACUGGGAAAGGCGCCAGCUCCAUUUCCACAACGGUACCAACAUAUCAUGGAAUGGCUGGAAUCCGAAGGUUCCUUUCUCGCGGUGCAGUUCACCGUGUGCACCUGGGUUCUACAAAGUUCAGGGUGAUUUGAAAUGCUGUUGGAAGUGUGUUCAAUGUCCGUCUGGAUCAAUCACAAACACCACUGGCCAAUCAGCAUGCUUUGUGUGUCAAGUGGGAUACACCUCAAAUGAGAACCACACGCAGUGUUUAAAGCUCCCAGAUGUUUAUCUGGAGUGGGGGUCGGUAGCCGGAAGUGUUAUUUUAGCCUUAUCGGGUUUUGGUUUCUUGAGCUCAGUUUUCGCGCUCGGUGCCUUCUACAAAUAUCGAAACAGUGCGGUUGUGAAAGCUUCGACACGUGAAUACUCACUGUUGCUUUUAUCAAUAAUAUCUUGCAUGUUUCUUCUACCUCUGCUCUAUAUAGGCCGACCCUCUAACACUAUCUGCAUGACGCAGCCUUUUUGUUUUGGAUUAGUAAUUACAUUAUGGACUUCCCUCAUGUUGACAAAAACAUUACGCCUUCUGCUGAUUUUCAAAAAAAGGCUUCUACCAGGGAAGGUUGGUUUUUAUGGCAUUCAUAUGCAACUCUUACUAUCGCUUGCUUUAACACUAACUGUCUUGGCUGCAAUCAUUCCAUGGAUGUUGAAAUUCCCUCCAAAAGUAACACCGCACUACUUCGAGUCUCAAGUCAGCAUUGAUUGCGGCGACAAGGCGGACACUUUACUCACAAUCAUAUUGGGAUAUUCCGCUGUACUAGCAAUACCGUCGACGUAUCUGGCUUAUAGAGCUCGUAAACUGCCUGAGAACUUCAACGAAACUCGACUUAUUGGGUUUACAUUAUUCACUGUGUGUGUCAUCUGGAUAAUAGUUGUUCCGUCGUAUCAUGACAGUGAUGUGGAAAACAGGCGCAUAAUUCUAUGCUGUGCUCUCAUAACUACGGGUUUUACCAUCCUCGUUUGCAUGUUUUCCACUCGUCUAAGAAUUAUUUUAUUUCAACCCGAGAAAAACAAGACGGAACUGGUGCGAGCCAGUAUGUUUGAUUACACAAUGCGCAUGCGCAAUGGAUCGACCGCUGCUAAGCACCUUCGGAAAAUGUCCGUAGUCACCGUUGGUACUUUUUCUGUGCCAGCCAAAGACUGUUAA